GCAGCGGCGCGCCGAUCUAGGGCUCGGCCGGGAGCCCGGCAGAAGGGUCGACACCGCCUGGCAGUUGGGCGGCAGAUGGCUCUGGCGGGCGGGCGAGUACCAGACGGAGCCCCAUUAGCCCCCGGUUUGAGGGCGUCCAGGCCACCCUCACCCCUACGCUACAGCUUGGGGCAUCCUGAUCCUCGGCAGGUAUUUAUUGGGCACCUACUGUGUACCUGGCUUCGGACUGGGGAAGACAGACUCCUUGAUCCUGUGGAAGUCGCGGCCCAAGGGCGAGAUCGACUUCAGUUGUCUCACUGAGUCCCAUAAAGAGGUCCACAUGCUUCAGCUCGUCCGUUUGUCAGCCAGCUGUUACUGAGCAUCGGUUCUGCUCGGAGCCUUGAGAGGCUGGACUGAGGCAUGAGCCCCCAGCUGCGUGGUUGGACCCCCUAGCGCAUUGUGGGACGGGAGUGUGCGCCCACACAUGGUUUGGCCAGGCGGCGACCAGAGCAGCCAGGGGACGCCGCCAUGGUGAAGCUGUUGGUGGCCAAAAUCCUGUGCAUGGUGGGCAUGUUCUUCUUCAUGCUGCUUGGCUCCCUGCUCCCUGUGAAGAUCAUCGAGAUGGACUUUGAGAAGGCCCACCGCUCGAAAAAGAUCCUCUCGCUCUGCAACACCUUUGGCGGUGGGGUCUUUCUGGCCACGUGCUUCAAUGCUUUACUGCCGGCUGUGAGGGAAAAGCUCCAGGAAGUCCUGACUCUCGCGCACAUCAGCACCGACUACCCGCUGGCCGAGACCAUCAUGCUGUUGGGCUUCUUCAUGACUGUCUUCUUGGAGCAGCUGGUGCUGACCUUCCGCAAGGAGAGGCCGGCCUUCAUUGACCUGGAGACAUUCAACGCCAGCUCGGAUGCUGGCAGCGACUCGGAGUACGAGAGCCCCUUCAUGGGCGGCCCACGGGGCCACGCGCUCUAUGCGGAGCCACACGGGCACAGCCACGGCCUGAGUGUUCAGGAGCUGUCACGCUCCAGCCCGCUGCGGCUCCUCAGCCUGGUCUUCGCUUUGUCGGCCCACUCAGUCUUCGAGGGCCUGGCCCUGGGCCUGCAGGAGGAAGGGGAGAAGGUGGUGAGCCUGUUCGUGGGAGUGGCCGUCCACGAGAUGCUGGUGGCUGUGGCCCUGGGCAUCAGCAUGGCCAGGAGUGCCAUGGCCCUGAGAGACGCAGCCAAGCUGGCCGUCACCGUGAGUGCCAUGAUCCCACUGGGCAUCAGCCUUGGCCUGGGCAUUGAGAGCGCCCAGGGUGUGCCCAGCAGCGUGGCCUCUGUGCUGCUGCAGGGCCUGGCAGGUGGCACCUUCCUCUUCGUCACCUUCUUUGAGAUCCUGGCCAAGGAGCUGGAGGAGAAGAGCGACCGGCUGCUCAAGGUCCUCUUCCUGGUGCUGGGCUACACUGUGCUGGCUGGCAUGGUCUUCAUCAAGUGGUGACCGCUCUGCCCCCACCCAGCUGGAGCACCACAAGAUGCACAGGGCCCUGCCCUACCUCCCCUGAGGGUCAGAGCUCAGCCCCCAGGCUGUGCCUGCACAUAGAGGGGCCGCCUGGGACCACACUGCACCCCAAAUCCUGCACCCCGAGCCUUGGGGCCCCACUCUUAAUUUUACAAAUUCUUCUCUUAAAAGUAUUUCCCAAAGCCGUGUGGCCAUGUCAUCCUCGGGCGUGGGGAUCUGGUGACUCAUAGGGGAGGUGGGGUGGGACCCAGACUCUCCUCCCCAAACACCCCAGCUUGGACGAUAUGGAAGUGGCCAGCCUCUGUCCUCCUUGCCCGUGGUGGCUCAGCUGGUAAAGAAUCCGCCUGCGAUACAGGAGACCCUGGUUCAAUUCCUGGGUUGGGAAGAUUCCCUGGAGAAGGGAUAGACUACCGACUCCAGUAUUCUUGGGCUUCUCUAGUGGCUCAGAUGUUAAAGAAUCUGCCCACAAUUUGGGAGACUGGGUUCUAUCCCUGCGUCUGGAAGAUCCCCUUACCCAUUCCAGUAUUCUUGCCUGGAGAAUCCCCAUGGACAGAGGUGCCUGGCAGGCUACCGUUGAUGGGGUCACAAAGAGUCAGAUAGGACUGAGCGACUUAGCACCUGUGGCCACCCUCAGCCUCCCCUGGAGCCCUGCAGCACUCAGCUGGUGGAGUGUCCCCAGGGUUAGCAGAGGGGCCAGGCGCUGUCACGUGACACCCUGAGUGGUUUCCAUUAAGAGGGCCCUUCAGGGAGCCUCUGUUCAGGGUUAGUUGGAGGCCCUGUUCAGGGUUAGUGGUUCCUGCUGCCUGAGGCUGUGCUUGGUGGGUGGAGGUAUGGUUAAGGAACCCUGGAGACACCCUGUUUCCUGUUUUCGGUGCGGCCUGCCUGCACGGGGAGGUUGCCCCCCAGGGCCUGGGGCUGAGCUCUUUGGUUCUGACCCAGAGAGACAUAUGGGCAGGUUCCAGGGGCCUCAGUCCUUGGUUCUCGGCCCCAGGUGCCCAGGGACUCCCAGCAGGCCAGGGUCAGGGGCUGUGUGACUCAACUCCCCCCACCAGGUACAAAUGAAGCUCAGCUUCAGGAGCGCAGGGGACUAACAGCCCUGUGGGGCUGGCAUACACCCUCCCCUCUGUAGGGACGAGCUGUGUUAGUGUUGUCGGGGCAACCAGCAGGCGCCCCCAGGGAUGAGCCAAGGCUGAGGGCUCUUUCUGGGGACUUCGCUGCGUCUCUGGCACGGCCUUGGCUCCCCUAGCCCUGACCCCAUUACGUAUACCCUUCCUGCCACCUCCUUCUUCCAUUCAGCCAGGGGCCCAGGCCCCUUCCUAGAAUCUCUAGUCCUGUCUCAGUCAGGGUCACUGCCCAGACCCACGCCAGCAAGACCUGCUGUGGCAGUGGGGUUGUUUGAGCUUCCUGGCAAGGACAGGCCCCUAUGCCCUAUGGGCCUGGGCUCAACAGGUACUCUGGCCCCAGAGUGUACCUGGAGCAUCUAACUGCUGUUCGAGCAGGCACUCCAGGUCCUGGCCUACUGCUGCUAGCCAGGCUCCAGAAGCAUGAGAAUGCACAAGCUCCGUUAGUUUCCCUGCCAGUCUCAGGGAACAAGGGUGUAUGUCCAGGCACCUCCACCACUGCUGAUGGAAGUAUUGGGCCUGUUUCUAGGAACAUCGAUCUGGCUUUUACCAGGAUCCACAUCUGAACCUCACCUGGCCUGACACUGUACCCAUGCCAGGCAAGUGACCCCUGUGGGGGUAGGAGCAUCACCUGCACCUUGUCCUAAACCCAGCGUUGCUGGUGACUACCUGCCCCCGCUUCACUCUGCCCUCAGUGGGCAGUACCCAGUGAUCUGCUAGAUUCCAGGGCCUGUCUUCAGAUGGAGGGGUGUGGCCCAUGCAAUGGGGUGGGGUCCCUCAGGGGCUCCUCUCCCCAAAUCCGAUAGGAGCCUCCCAUGGGGUCUGCUCUAGGAGUCCCCACUCCAUACACCUCCCCAUCACCUAAAGCGCACACACAGCAGGGUCCCCACCCUCCUGCCUGCCAUCAACUUCCUGGGGUGUCCUGGGGACACCACAGGCCUGUCCACCCCUCAGUUCCCACAUUUCCCCUUCCAUCCCCCCACUGGAGCCCUCAAGGCCCCCUUGUUCCCCCUCACUCUGAGCCAGCUUAUGGACCAGGAAGGGCACUGCAGCACCAGCAAAGAGGGGGAACCCCAGUGGACCCCACUCAUGCCUUGGACACUGCCAUCCCAGUCCCUGGCGUCCUUGGAUCCCCAGCCUCUGUCUGUUGGGCUCUGGCCUCCCUCCAGGGUCCUACCAGCCCCAGGAGAAAUGCUUCCAGGCCCCUGGGGAUGCUGGAACCCCCAAUAUUGGGGAGGGGUGCUGUGUGGUUUAGGAGAGGACACAAGCUGUCUCAUCCACCAGCCUCCCCCAAGGCUACCCCUCCUGUCUGCUGUAGGAGGAGCCAGGGUCAGUCGCAGGGUCUGCUUCUCACUGAGAUGAUGGUGUCACUCAGUCAGUUGUGAUCAGCUCUCCCCACUUGGGGUGAGGGUCAAAGCUGAAAGUUGAGGUGAGAAGUGGUCAUCUCAUCCAAGAGGGGCCUGGGGGUGCCGACCUCACUCCUGAGGGCCCCUGGCCCAAGUUGGUUGUGUCCGGUCUAGACCAGGGUCUUCUGAGGACAGCUCAGUGGCUCCACCUUCCCAUGGGCUCUGACAUGAGAGUGCCAUGUGGUGAUAGGAGCUUUGGCUGAAGAAGGCUGUGGGUUGGAAACCCACCUCCUGAGACCCCGGACCAGCCCUGACACAGAGCUGCACAUUGGCCACAAGCCUUCAUCCAUCUCUAUUUAACUUUGCACCUUUGAAGAAGUGUCACUCUGAGCUCUGUGUAUGUGUCUCACGGAGGAGAAGGGGGCAGACACCUGCUGAUGAUGUGUUUAAGGUGUUGCAUGGCGACCAGGCACAACCACCUUCGCUUGGACGCGAGCAAUCC